ACCAAAAACGGACAUUAGCCAAAUAUACUGUAUAAUCAUGACAUAGUUUGCCUCAUACGGUGCAAUAAUAGGUAGCUGACGGAGGAGCCAGAAGGUUUUUACACAUUGCCUGUAAGCUAGUCAGGCCACCCCGGCUGACAGAGCACGUCCGUAGGAGAGGAAAGUUCCAUCUGCUACCAUGGGGAACAUUUUUGGCAACCUCCUAAAGAGUCUUAUAGGAAAAAAAGAGAUGCGGAUUUUGAUGGUUGGUCUGGAUGCAGCUGGGAAGACCACAAUCCUGUAUAAACUGAAGCUGGGAGAGAUAGUAACAACAAUUCCCACCAUCGGUUUUAAUGUGGAGACAGUAGAGUACAAGAACAUUAGUUUCACCGUGUGGGAUGUGGGUGGUCAGGAUAAGAUCAGGCCUUUAUGGCGACACUACUUUCAGAACACACAGGGUCUUAUAUUUGUGGUGGACAGCAAUGAUCGUGAGAGAGUGAAUGAGGCCAGAGAAGAGCUGAUGAGGAUGCUAGCUGAAGAUGAACUAAGAGAUGCAGUGCUACUUGUCUUCGCCAACAAACAGGACCUACCAAAUGCAAUGAACGCAGCAGAGAUCACAGAUAAGCUCGGCCUUCAUUCUCUCCGUCAUCGCAACUGGUACAUCCAGGCAACCUGUGCCACCAGUGGUGACGGCUUGUAUGAGGGGCUAGACUGGUUGGCCAACCAGCUCAAGAACAAGAAGUGAAGUGGACCGGAGGAAGAAGAAUCUUGAGCUGCAGCUCAUCAAGGAGCACCAGAGGGUUGGAGUUUCUUUUAUUCUGUUUACAAGAUGAGAGUGGAGAGAUCAGGCCAAGGCAGAGUUUUACUAUGCAGCCUGGGCUCCACUGUUCAGUGCUUUCUCACUUUGUAAAAAUGUCACUUUUAACCCCUCUCCCAUUUAGAUGAAUCUUCUACAGCAGUAAUCACUAAAAGAUCCCAUAACUUUAAUGUUUUAUCUAGUGAUGAGAAAGUUGCUUAGCUCUUGUGUAAAUUGGAGUGAUUCAGUUAUCAUAUUCUGGGCUUCCUAUUUAUUCACCCUGUAAAUGUGUAAAACACUAUUACAGGAUGCUAAAAAUUCUCUGGCUUUUAUUAUUACUGUGGCAUAUAGACAUUAGUGUUAAAUGCAGGUCAUUUAAACUAUCAUACCACUGCCCAAGUGGUUCAAAAACUUGUUCCUAAUGGCUUAGACCUUAUUUUCAUAAGGUUUUAAGUGUGGGAAAUAAAUUGUCAGAUGCUGUUGAUCGAUUCCAGAAAUAAGACUCUGAUUAUUGGAGAAUUUCAGAGGUGUGCUGUGACAUGAGGGAUGCUAGACUCAAAUGUGUUCCAAUGUGUUUCAAUUUUAUAUGUUUUUGCUAGAGUAAAGCUGUGGAGAUUUUACAGUAACACACUGUGUUUUAUUAGCAUUUAAGUCAGUGGUGAAAGUUGUAGAGAGUGGCAAUAGUCCCUAGGCUGCUUGUACAUAUAGACCAGGUCUUUGAGCAGGCCUCAGUCCUCUGUGAGCAAACAGAUGAUAUGGUCACUGCUUCUUUGUCUUUGCACGUACACAUUGCCUUGACUGAAUGGUAGUUUGUGCACUGUUGUGGUAGUUGCACAGACUAUGUUGUAGUAUACUACUUGAGGUGCACUUUUGUGAUGUAGUGCACAAAAUGAAGAACAUACCGUGACACUUUACUGUAGGGCAUUGUUCAUAGUGCUACAUCACACCUACAUAAGCCCUGCAUGACAACCGAAAUGCUAUAUUAACAUGUAUGAACACUCCGUCCAAUAUGUGUCAUUUUUCAGACAGGUUGCAUUUGCCAAUUUGGAUGUCAAGUAGACCUAACAUCUGUGUAAGGUUAUGUAAUAUCAUGACACUUUCUGUGGUGAAAUGACAGGCUUUGUAGCUCUGUGUAUGUCACAGUGUCAUAAUAAUAAUAAUUUGAUGUAGCUUGCCAAGCCAGGCUGGUUGAACAAAAGUCAGCAUCUUCUGUGAUGUAAAGUGAGUUUCAUGUUAUUAUUCAGUCAAUUGUUAGAACACGCUAUUAUUUCACCCCAAAAAUUGUCACGUUGGGAAAAAAAAAGUCAUAUGACAUGUAAUGUCACCAUAGUGUCAAAGCAGUGUCUAUGACAAAUGAAGGCUAAAUGGAGUAAGCCAUUAUAAAUCUUUGUAUAGUUACAUGUCAGUUGUCAUGACAAGCUUAUGCAGUUGUUAUGUAUCCUUAUGAACACAGCCGUACACUAAAGUGUUACCAAACAUGCCUGGUGUGGUCCUUACAAUUCUAUAACAAGACAGCUGUAUUUGUACACCUCAGUGAAAGGAUUUUGCUGCUCUUGCAUGAUGCCUGUCUGUCAUGGUAGUGUGAUCUGCUGUCUUGCUGUAUUUGUUGCAUGUGUGUAUUAGAUGCUGUGCAUAGGCCUUAAUAGCAGGACAGGAGUAGCUCUCUGUAGCUCUGUGUGGUAGGUGUUUCAGACAUUUAAAGUUCCUAGAGUAUCCGUACAGUAUUGGAGAUUGAUACUAAGGCACUCUAUUCAUUAGGGCUGCACUAUUUGGACAAAGUACUACAUACUUAAAAAAGAUGGUUCUUCAAAGUUUCUUUAGCAAAGAAUUUUUUUCUAUAUAGAAUCAUUAACACUUAAACAGUGUUUUUCAGAUUGAUGGAGAAUGUGCUGUAGGUAGUUGGCAAGAUUAACAUCAUAACAAUAGAAGAGCCCUUUUUGGUGCUAUAUAGAACCUCUUUUAAAAAGAGUGUUCAUAUUCCUAUAUGUAACCAUUUUCUUUACUAAGGAACCCUUGAAAACCAUCUUUUUUGGUUAGAAAAUUUGUAGAAUUGAGAUUUUACAUGUUACCACAUAGUGUUACAAUUACGUUAUGUUUUGACACACUUAUCUGCAGCUGUAAUUGGUCAAGAAGCAUCCGACACAAUAAAAGAAAAAGGUUGCAGUUAGUUAGAGGGUAGGUCUGCAUAAUGCAGCAACAUGUGGUAUCAGUAUUGCAAGGGUGAAUAUCAUGAUAACAACUAACAACAAUUUAUCAGUGCACCAAUAUGGGAACUGUGGGCCAAUUCAAAUAUUCAGUAUUUUUCCACAUACAGUUAGUGCCAGUGCCAGUAAGUAAAUAUUGUGUGGGCCCCUAUCAUGGAAAAUAAAAUUUCCCUCGCUUUUUAAAAUAUAUUUCAAAACGUACCAUUCACCUCUUGUGAGUACCCUUGUCAGUACCCUUGUACUGUCCAUGUAUGGAAACCUUAAACCAAGAACUGUUUGGAAUUUAUUGUUUCUGAAAUAUCACAAGAAUCAACCCGUCCACCUAUACCGCAUUCUAUACAACAGUUUAGUCCUGCCCACUCAUAUUAAACAUAUUAAAGGAAGUGUAUCAUCCCUGAGUACUUUUUCAAAGGGGCACAAUA